UCCAGUAGCCGCAUCGAGCUGGGGGAUGUGACUCCACACAACAUAAAACAGUUGAAAAGGCUGAACCAGGUCAUCUUCCCAGUCAGCUACAACGACAAAUUUUACAAGGACGUCUUGGAAGUCGGGGAGCUUGCAAAACUUGCUUAUUUCAACGACAUUGCAGUGGGAGCAGUAUGCUGUAGGGUGGAUCACUCCCAGAAUCAGAAGAGACUGUACAUCAUGACCCUGGGGUGCUUGGCACCGUAUCGCAGGCUAGGAAUAGGCACAAAGAUGCUAAAUCACGUCUUAAACAUUUGUGAAAAAGACGGCACCUUCGACAACAUUUAUCUACACGUCCAGAUCAGCAACGAGUCAGCCAUAGAUUUCUACAGGAAAUUUGGCUUUGAAAUCAUCGAAACAAAGAAGAACUAUUACAAGAGGAUAGAGCCGGCCGACGCACACGUCCUGCAGAAAAACCUCAAAAUCUCCACCACCGCCUCGCAGAACGCAGACGUGCAAAAAAGCGAAAAUUAA